AUGGCUCCCCCAACUAAUAUACUGGACCAUAUUGUUCACCUGAGUCCUGCUGGCAAACUUCCUGACGCAGUCACCCAUUGGGAACGACUCGGGUUCAAGUACACUAUAUUCUCGUGCGAAGUGACUCCUGGUGGUACACACGCAGGUGGCCUGACAUCUAACGCGCUUGUUGCCCUAGCGGACGGAGUCUACAUCGAGCUCAUCGCAUUUGAGCAACCCCCGACCGAACCACCUGCAUCCGACGACCGCUGGGCAAAGAAGUCCCCGGGGUGGAUAGACUGGGCGUUACUGGGACUCGAUGACUAUAUCGACGUGAUAAUAACUGAGAGAGAUAGAUGGGUCAAGUCGGGAGUGAAGUAUCAAAAGGGGAAGGAAGGAGGCAGAAAGAGGGCGAGCGAUGGCAAGGAACUAAAGUGGAGAACAACCGCACCAAAAGAAAAUCACGGACAAGAUACUGCGCCUUUCUUUUGCCAGGACUUGACACCAAGGGAUCUACGAGUUCCCGCUGCCGGUCUUGACACCCAUACCAAUACCGCGCUCGGGAUAGCGCAUAUCCAUUUGAAGGUACCUCAAGCUCAACUCGACAAAGUUCGCGCACAAAUAUCUGUUGUUCUUUACGCACAGUCCAACGAAUCGGACGAAUGGGAAUUAGCAGUGCCUCACGGUCAACACAGCCCUGCUCCGAGACUGAAGGUGAUUGGCUCAGCAGAUGCGACUCCUGGAAUUGUGGAAGUCGGAUUUUACGUGAAGAAAGAUUGGAGAGGGGACGCUACUGAUGGAUUUGGAAAGGUAGUUUUAAAGAACUGUGAACACAGGAGCCAUCAAGGAUACAUAAAUGAACGAGGGAAGAGAAUACACGAAUUUGGAUCCCCCGAAAUGGCUGCUUAG